AUUUGUAUUCAGAUCAUGCUCUGACAGGGACCAGAGGUGCGUUCGCGACGUGUGCUCUGGAUAAUCAUGUAGCCUCCCGAUUCCGAAUAGUGUGGCUUGCGGUCCGCGUCCAGGUGCCGUGAGACAGGAGAAAUUGAUUUCGGCUCGAAGCGAAAACCAUGAACGUCGAAGUCGAGAACGCGAUCGCCAAAAACACUCCUUGGUCGAGAGUGUCUCCCGCGGUACGACAGGCUCUGGGAAAUUCAGAGCAAGACUACGACAAACAUGUGAUGCAAUAUUCUAUAAGGAACCAACUUAAGCAUCGAGGGAAUCUGGUGAGACGGGUUCAUCGGGACGAAAAAUCGUAUUACGAAUCUCUGCUCGAGUAUUCGCGGAAGCAUCUGAUGCUGUACCCCUAUCACCUGAGCGACUUCAUCGUGACGCAAAUGCGCGUUACGCCCUUCCAAUACUACAUAUCAAUGAUGCAGGAUAUUAUGAGCCAGGAGAAGAGUUACGAUUGUUUGCCGAAUUUCACUGCCGCCGACGUCCUGCGAUUGCUCGGCAUCGGACGAAACCAGUACAUCGAACUUGUGAACAUGUGCAAGUCCACCAAGAGUAUAUUCUCUUUGCGCAAGAAAAAUCUCCGUAGCGUCUUGCCGCCGAAACCCGUGACGAUCGCCGUCGAGUCGUGGUGGAUCGUUCACGUAGGAUACAUCACAGAGACUGAUGUGAAGCAAAUCUCUCCAGCGGAGAAGUGCAUGGUGGACCUCUUGAUAGACGAAGGCCCCCAGAAAUGUGGAGAACAUGACGUGGACGUCAUCAAAGCUCUUUACGUCCGGGGCCUGGUCUACUUGGACGUCCCCAUUGAAGACAACGAUCACAUUGCUGUGCCACCACUCGAAGGAUUCGUGAUGAACUGCGUUUCGGGCGAUCCUCUGGAGUCACUUCUAUACCAAAUAUUCGUGUCUCUGGAUGAACGAACUCCCGUCAAUGAGCUCAGCACGGUGUUGCAGGUGGAGCCUCAAUUGAUAAAGAACGCCGUUUCGAUAUACUGUCGUCUGGGUUUCGCGCACAAGAAGAACCUCGACAGGAUGGAUCUCCACCCGUCUUGGAAAACAGACAACCCGCUUGCUAACUCCGGAGCCAUUAGCAAGAAGAUCUUUUCCGAUCCACGCAGCUCUUCCGACGACGUCGACGGUUUCAUUUGCGUUCUUCACGAUGAGCUCGAGCAGUCGGACACUGUCAUAGACAUCUCAGCAGACAAGCAAGCCGGAGCGUCAACGCAAAAAGAGCAUUCCCCCGAGAGCAGUCCCCAAGGAGCGCUCCAUCAAACCAGCGAUCCGUCAAAAGGCAAGCGGAUCGGUUUCCUUUUCGAUUCUACACUGACGGCAUUCCUCAUGAUGGGCAAUCUCUCCGCAUCACUGAAGUCGCACGCUGUCACCAUGUUCGAAGUCGGGAAGAUCUCCGACGAGAUCCUCGACUCGUUCCUCUUUGAAUUGGAUAAGGUGGAGGAACAAACGGGAGAGGGUGAUGCUGUGCGCUACUACGAGCACACUGUGGCUCUCUCGAAAACAAUCAAAUUCCUCCGGAACAAUCUGGAACUCUUCAAUCCGGCCCUGCCGUUGGAUCUCGUGCGUUGCGAAGCUCUCCAGAACCUUGACGCUGACACUUGUCGACGGUUGCUCAACAAGAACUACGAUCUUCUGAUCUCGAUGGCUCCGCUGAGCAAAGAAGUCCGUCCGGUCACCGGUUGCUCGCCGUGUCAUCUAGGCCCGCCGAUUCCUGAGGUCAACUCCCUGUGGUUUAAGUUGUUCCUCUACAAUUUAACCCGACAGGGUCCCACUUCGGUAUUGCUGACGCGUGGGAGCCGUCUGAAGAAAUUGCCCAAAGAAUUACUUAUCUACGAGAAGCUCACUCUGACGAAUUGGGGACAUGAUCCAUCCACGAUCCUCUCGGCGUCCAGCUUGCCAACUGUCAACGAAUUCCUCACCUACUCCGCCUCGAUGGUUCAAGCGUACGAUCUCGAGCAAGAGAAAGUUUUUCUACCGUUUCCCUUCGAUCUGCUGAAAGAAAGCGACAGAGCGGACAGUCUGUACGCUCUGGAGUGCGUUGAGAUUCUCUACAAGGAGUUGGAUUUAUCUCACCAAUGCGGUUACAUCACCCUCUUGUGUCCGACGCCGCAGUGCAGCACUUAUACUCUGCUAGAUUGCACUUUCGGUCUGCCUCUGUUCGACGCAGAGCUGAACGAGAAGAUUUGCGAGAGGAUCGUCCAAUUCGGUCUUUGCGAGGAAUCCGCGCUGCGCAGGCUAACACAGAGCUCUCGAAAACUUGCACUCAAGCUCCUGGAUUUCAUCGACAGUAAUCACGGUGACGGAUCUUCGGAGCUCAGUGAACUGGUCCCUCUCCCCACGAGGGGUCUCAUCUUCAGCGAUGGGAAAAUCCGAAAUCUCUAAGAUACAUCAUCUCUAGAAAACUAAGUACUAUGUAUUCCGGGGGCGUUUGAGCGCUUUCUGGCGAAUCGCACGUCCGCAAGCGACGCAAGAAUGGACCUGGUCCGGAGACGGGUACAACCUCGAACCGGAACUUCUAGAUCUGACGAAGCACUCGAGAUCUG